AUGAGGUGCCACCAUACUGCCGAGAGUGAUGCCGUGUCGUCGGGUCAUCUCACCGCAUCUUCCCCGAGCCCAAGUCCGGAUCUUCGUCCAGUGCCUCUUCCGGUCGAGGGAGAGCAUGAUAAGACCAGCGACAGAAAAAAGUCGAGACGAUCUUGGCAAAAGAGCCAGACGGCCAAACGGAAGGCCAUCGAAAUCCGACGGUUCAGCUGUCUCCCAACGCCAGUCUUACCUAAACGCACGUCAGCGGUCACCCUCGCCCUUGGUAUCGAUGCCACCUUUCCAGCCCUCCCUUCCUUCACUCAAGGAGGGAUGAUUCGCAACUUGACUGGAGCAAGAAUGGGUCAAGACGAAGAAAAACGGCGGAAAAACAUGGGACCAGAACAAAGCGCUGUCAGAGACCUGCCAUCUACUACAGCCAAGCUCAACGGAUACUUCCACUUCAGUCUACCACAGCGAGUUUUCCAUCCCGCCAUUCGCCCUAUCCAGCCCCACCAAACCACACCAAACCCAAUCGCAACCGGCCCGCACUACGAUAAUCCGCGCCGUUAUAGGAUUUUGUCUGCCCCGUCAAGUCGUCAACAGCACUUUUCAGCCCGCUUAAGCUGCGGGAAGGAAGUUUGGAACGCAAGGCACGCACACCAAGCUUUCGAGGGGUCCACCUGUUUGGCUCAGCUCAGCUUGGCGGACUACUCCUGA